AGCCGUGCUCCUGGGGUUCGUAGGCCGGGUGGUGGCACGGAGCUGGGAGGUGGCUCCGAGAGCUUCAGCUUUGUGCCCAGCGGCAGCUUCUACAGAAAGAGACCAAGAUGAACACAGAGCCCGAGAGGAAGUUUGGGGUGGUGGUGGUCGGCGUCGGCAGAGCCGGCUCCGUUCGGAUCCGGGACCUUCGGAAUCCACAUGCUUCCUCAGCGUUCCUGAACCUGAUUGGCUUCGUGUCCAGACGAGAGCUGGGGACCAUUGAUGAGGUGCCGCAAAUUUCUCUGGAAGAUGCUCUUUCCAGUCAAAAGGUCGAGGUUGCUUUUAUCUGCAGUGAGAGCUCCAGCCACAAGGACUACAUCAGGCAAUUCCUGAAUGCUGGAAAGCAUGUCCUUGUGGAAUACCCCAUGACACUGUCUUGGGUGGCAGCUAAGGACCUAUGGGAGUUGGCCGAGCAGAAAGGGAAAGUCUUGCAUGAGGAGCAUGUUGAACUCUUGAUGGAGGAGUUUGCAUUCUUGAAGAAAGAAGUGGUGGGGAAGGACCUGCUGAAAGGGUCUCUCCUCUUCACAGCUGCCCCAUUGGAAGAAGAGCGGUUUGGCUUCCCUGCAUUCAGCGGCAUCUCUCGCCUGACCUGGCUGGUCUCCCUCUUCGGGGAGCUUUCUCUUGUGUCUGCCACUUUGGAAGAGCGAAAGGAAGACCAAUAUAUGAAGAUGACAGUGUGCUUGGAGACAGAGAACAAAAGCCCGCUGACCUGGAUUGAAGAGAAAGCACCCGGCCUAAAGCGAAACAGACGUUUAAGCUUCCAUUUCAGGUCUGGGUCCCUGGAGAAUAUGCCCAACGUAGGCAUCAAUAAGAAUAUUUUCCUGAAAGAUCAGAAAAAAAAAAAAAUAAUAAUAAUCUAA